AUGCCCACCCUCUCCAAGGAACUCCCGCCCUACACCGGCCCAUACCGCGUCGGCGCAAUCGACAUCGAAGCCCCCUGCGACGGCCGCCUGGUGCAUGCCGCCACAUAUCUCCACGACGGCGAGGCCGCAUUUCAACUGGACACGGUCCUAUUCACAGUCUACUACCCGGCCGACGCCGACGCCCCGUCCACAAAGCCGCGGCACAGAUGGCUUCUGGAACCUGCACGGCUGCGCGGCGAGGGGUUUGCCCGCUUUGUGAAUAUCUCGAACUGGGUCGUCGAUCGCAUUUUUGCGUUUUUUCUCUGGGCGCUUGUGGGGAGUAUUCGCAUUCCGGCUGAUGUCGAUGUUCCGCUGAGGGAUCCGGAUGCGUCGGGGUCGGUUUCAGAUGCGAGGUCGAGGUUCGGGUCGAGUCGGUUGGAUGUGAGUAGUGCGAGUACGGAGCAUCUACUGGGCACGCACCUCGAGCGUGCGAACGAUAGUGGCGGGUCGACGAUCCGGUAUCCGGUCGUCGUGUUUAGCCAUGGCAUGGCGGCGUCGCGGACGGAUUAUACGCAGCUCUGUGGUGAGCUCGCCUCGCGCGGGUAUAUUGUUGCUGCGAUUGAGCACCGCGACGGUAGCGGGCCGGGAAGCGUGGUUCGUCGUGGCGGAGGGCGACAGGGGACGGUACUCCCGACAGAUAUCCACACGCAUGGACACGGACACGGACAUAUCCAUCGACACAAACGUGUCCGAAGCAUGCGGAAUGUUUUGCACUUCAGCUCGCACCACCUGCAGCAUAGCCCGCCGCUCGACAAGGAGGCGCUACAGCGCGCACAACUCGCCUUCAGGCAGGCGGAGAUGGAGGAAACGGUCCGGGUUCUUCGCAUGCUAAACGCAGGCGGGGGACACAGCGUCUUCCGACAUAAUUCCCGCGGCGAGGGAACGCAUCUCGCUGGGUGGCGCGGGCGGCUCGACAUCGAGCGGAUGGUAUUAGCUGGGCAUUCGUACGGCGCAACGGGAGCUCUGCGUGCGUGCGCGCCGCCUGAAGACCCAACCCCGCCAUCAGACUCGGCCUCACAAUCAGCAUCCGCAUCAGCCUCGACACCAGCAUCAACGUCACAAUCAACCCCCUCAAUCCCCACAAUCCCCGCCGUCCCACCACGCCCCAUCCGCCCCCUCCCCAUAGCCGGCUGCAUCGCUCUCGACCCCGGAAAGGCCUCCGGCCCGUUGAACGCCGACAUCCCCGUCCCCCUCUUGAUAAUUCACUCGCACAGCUGGUCCCGCAAAAUCAGCCUCUUCAUGGGCCGUCCCCACUUUGACGUCGUGCGCGACCUCGCCCUCGCCUGUCUCCGGCGCACAGGCGCCGCCUGGUUCAUGACGAGUCUCGGGACGAGUCACCCCUCUUGCACUGACGCGCCAAUCAUCCAGCCUCUGAUCCUCGGCUGGGCGACGGGGGCGACGAUUGAGGCGCGCGAGGGCGUUUUGCAGUAUGUGAGGAGGAUCCAGGAGUUUAUUGAUUACGUGAUUGUUGGGGAGAGGUGGGGGCUGCUCGCCAAGGGGGUUACGCAUGAAGCGUAUCGCGAGGAGGUGCUUGUGCCGUGGAAGAAGUUUUAUGGGCCGAGGGAUUGGAAGAAGGAUUGGCAGAUUCAUGUUGCGCCGGAGGAUGAGGCGGAGAGGAGGAGUCGGAGUGCGAGUGGGAGAGGAACUGGGGUAGGGAAGGCUGUCUCGGUUGGUGGGGGGAUAGGGGAGCGAGGGGAUGAUUUCGAGUUGGGAGAGAUGAGGCCUGUGUCGACCAUAGAGGGUUCGAGUGGAUAUGGCGAUGUCGAGGUAGAUCUCGGACAUCGCCGGAGUAUAUAG